AUUAUAUACAUACACAACAGAAAAAAACAAAUAAACUUAUUUUUAUAUAAUUAUAUAAAUGAAUAUUAUUUUAUUUUAAGUAAUAAUCAUUUUUUUAUAGUUGUUAAUGUGUCUGAAUGACUGCUCUAAGUAUUGCAAAUUCAUAUAAUACAGUUUGAUUAUUAAUAUUAUUAUCAUUCUAUAUCUGAAAUUCGUAGCUUAGGUGUUUCUAGACAGUUCGAUUAUGCAUUUGCUUCGCGCGAAUUAAUCAGCUGUCUGCAAGCCCGUAUUUGUUAAGACAAAAAAUUUUUGUAAAAAAUUUUUAUCGGGCACACAUACUUCUCACGUUUUCGCAAUUUUACAUGUUAAUGUUUUUCUAAAUAUGUAAAUACAAUCACCUCGAUACCAUCAUUCGAUACUAUCGUAUACGAAUAAUCACAAGUUCCGCAACGUCACACUUACGUGAAAGUGGGGAGGACCUGUGACUUUCAAACAAUAGCGACUCGAUUGUUUCAACGUAGUUCUCAUCAACGAUUCGUGCAUCACGGUAUACUGACCUUCUUUAAGUAGUUUUCAGGUAGUCUUUCUUUUUCACUGUCUCCGCGAUUCAUUCUCAAAGAUACGAGCGAGAGACUAACAAUAAGAUCGACGCAUCAGUGCUUUUGGUCUACUGUCAUUGACCUCCGUCCUUGUUUUAAUGAUAUUCGUUAAAAUCUCAGUGCAAAUGAAUCAAAGUCCUGGUGAUGACGGAUACACAGUUUUGUAAAAGAUGAAAAUUGUUUAGAAAACAAGAGUGUGUGUGAUUCUAAGGAUCAGUGUACAAUUGAUUGUUCGAUCUUUGAUAUCUUUGUAAGAUUCUUGAGGUAUCGUGCUGCGAACUACUGUGAUACAAUUGGCUUCAUCCGCGACCAUGGAAAGAAACAUUAAAUCUCUACCAGAAAUAAAUAAAGGAGUGCUGUACGAGCAUUGGAAGAAGAACGCUCCAAAACUCAUGUUCGGUGAACAUCAACUUUCCAUUGAAGUAAACGAAUUCGGUGAAUUUUUCGAGAAGAAGGCUAGAGAAGAAUUGCGGGAGACGCCGGAAGUUGUCGCUAAUGGUAUCAAGGAAUUGAAAGAAUUACUUGCAGGAGAACCUGAUCUUCUCGUACCAGAUAAUGAUGACUUCUAUAUAAUGUUUAUGCGACCAUGCAAGUGGUAUGCGAAAAGUGCUUUCUCUCUAAUAAAACGAUAUUACAAAUUCCGCUUGCACUAUCCAUACAUAUAUAAAGACUUGUUAGUCAGCAAAGAGAAGGCUGCAAUUUGCGCUGGCUUAAUAUAUCCUUUGCCGAUUCGUACCAAAGAGGGUAGUAGAGUGUUAAUUGUGGAGGGCGGAAAACGAUGGAAACCGAAGGAGGUGCCGAUCAAUAACUUUUUUAAAGGCUUGCUGUUAAUCCUGUUUCUGGCGAUGGUGGAAUGCAGAACUCAGGUCGCAGGUGCGCAUAUUAUAAUAGAUGUCGAAGGUUUAUCUCUUAGUCAUUUGACAUAUAUCACACCGACUUUUGCCAAAAUGUUAGUAGAGUUCAUACAGAAGUGUCUUCCCAGCCGUCUCAAAGGCAUCCACAUUGUGAAUCAGUCUUUUAUUUUCAACAUGGCAUUCGCAAUAUUCAAACCGUUUCUGGAGGAGAAAAUUCGCAAACGGAUUCACUUUCAUGGAACAAACUGGGAAUCCUUAAACGUUUUCAUAGAUAAAAGAGCAUUACUGAAAAGGCAUGGGGGCGAAUUGGAAAUGGCCGAAGGACAAUACGGCGUGAUGUUUUGGCAGAACAUGCUCUCAUGCGAUCCUGCUUUUGAAACUGAUCAAUAUUAUGGAUACGUAAUAGAUACUAAUGAAAAUAAGAUAUAAUCACUACAGGAAUUGCCUAAUUAAUAUGUAGAUUACAUCAAUCUGAAAUUCUCAAUCGUACAAAAAAGAUGUGAAGUACCUUAUCAAAUCAUAGAGAAUAAUUUGGUUAAAAGUAAGCUUUGUGUUUAAAGAUACAAAUAUAAUAUAUCGACGUGCUAAUAAAAAAUAUUGCAAAACUGUAA